GGCCUGUUUCCCACAGCAACAUAAUCAAUGGUGGUGCACUGAUCAAAUUACCCAGAGUUCAUUGCGCGCUUUGUUUAGCAAGUGCACGUCACCAACGAAAGAAAAAUGUCGAGAGACCAUCGCUGAGUUUUACACAGUUUUCUGUGAUUUUACCAUCUUUAUGUGGACGUUUUAGGAUAAAAACGAAAGAACAAUGGCUAGUGCCAACAGUUCAACGAACAAGGAGUUCUUGAUGAACGGUAAAUACAAACUUAUAAGGAAAAUAGGAAGUGGUUCAUUUGGAGAUAUUUAUUUGGGAAUCAACAUUUCAAAUGGAGAGGAAGUAGCCGUAAAGCUAGAGUCGCAAAAAGCCAGACAUCCUCAGUUACUUUACGAAAGUAAAUUAUACAAAAUUCUUCAGGGAGGUGUCGGAAUACCCCACAUAAGAUGGUACGGCAAUGAGAAAGAUUACAAUGUACUAGUAAUGGACCUACUGGGGCCAAGUCUGGAAGAUCUCUUCAACUUCUGCUCCAGGAGGUUUACUAUGAAAACAGUACUCAUGUUGGCUGACCAGAUGAUUGGUCGGAUUGAAUAUGUGCACAACAAAAACUUUAUCCACAGGGACAUCAAGCCAGAUAACUUCCUGAUGGGAAUCGGUCGCCAUUGCAAUAAGGUUUUCCUGAUUGAUUUUGGUUUGGCAAAAAAAUACCGUGACAACCGUACACGACAACAUAUACCUUACAGGGAAGACAAGAAUCUGACUGGAACAGCCAGGUACGCCAGCAUCAAUGCUCACCUGGGGAUUGAACAAAGUCGCCGUGACGAUAUGGAGUCACUGGGCUAUGUCCUCAUGUAUUUCAACAGAGGUAGUCUACCUUGGCAGGGCCUCAAGGCAGCCACAAAGAAACAAAAAUAUGAAAAAAUUUCUGAGAAGAAAAUGUCAACUCCAGUGGAGGUUCUUUGUAAGGGUUUUCCUGCUGAGUUUGCCAUGUACCUCAACUACUGCCGAGGUUUGAGGUUUGAAGAGGCCCCCGACUACAUGUACCUGCGGCAGUUGUUCCGUAUUCUGUUCCGCACACUCAACCAUCAAUAUGACUACACGUUUGAUUGGACCAUGUUAAAACAGAAGGCUGCUGCGGCCGCCUCAGCUAGCUCCAAUAAUGUGCCUACUCCAGGUACCGGAGGAAAAGAUAUAAAGGGCAAAGCUCGCUGAUUUGCUUCACUUGAUUGUGCUGCAAGACAACAAUAGUUCACACAGAUAUUCAACAAGUUUGGAAAACAGACACUAGGCCUCUAAGUUAUUGAUGGAGACAUCAGAGGAAAUGUGGAUGACAAAUAGAAUGAAACAUCAUUUUUUCAAAUCUUCACCAUUAUAUUUUGGUAUUGUGGUUUCUGUAGUAUGUGAGUGGAUAGAGCUGGUAUUAAGAUACAUGUACUAUCAAAGUCAUGUACAGUUGAAGUGCAUAGGAGCUGAAUAUUGAACCAACUCUACAUUAUAUUUAACUCUACUUCUUCUAUCGUUAAAUGCAAUUUUUGUUGCCAAAAGUAUGUACUUAUAUCAAGUAAAGAACUGCAGAAAUUCUUUGUCUAAAGACAUGUAGAUACCUUACAAGAAACUAGGACAAUUUACUUGUCGUUAUGACUUUCUUUCAUCAGAUGAAAAUUUACUAUGAUUGUAUCGUAAAUAAAGCAAAAGUUUGAUACACAGUAUAGUGCUCUACUCAAUUUUCCCCAGUCAACAGUGACAUAUGAUUAUUUAUCAUUGUGCUAUUCAUACUUGUAUAAAUUGUAUUAUCACAGCUAAU